AAGGCAGACAUUAGAAUAGACAAUGUGCUGACAGCAACUGGGUCACAGGGGGCCUUGAUUCAAAUCCACUCAAACUCUCUCCAUCUCAGAUUGUGAUAACUGAUCUCGGUGCUUAAUGCGCCGUCCCCGGAUUAAGAAUGUCCAACCUAUGGACAUCCCUACAUACGAUCAAGCCCCAUAAUAUUAAAUUAAGAAGUCCAACAUAUGCGAACAGAUAUGGGUCUGCUGUCGUUUUACUGUUGAGCUGUUGCACUAUGAGGAUUUGCAGAAUGGUUCGUAUGGCGAGUGUGCUGGGCUUGGUGAUGUUAAGUGUCGCUCUGCUAAUUCUAUCAUUGAUCAGCUAUGUCUCAAUCAAAAAGGACAACCUCUUCGCCACCCCGAGAUAUCUGGGCUCGGCCGGCCCUAAAAUGUACAUGCUACACAGUGGAUUUCGGUCACAGUUUGCUCUGAAGUUUUUGGAUCCUGCCUUUUUGCCAGUUGAAAAUGGCCAUAGUAACAAUAUCCGCAGCAAACUUGCAAAAUGGACUUUCAACACGACUUCCUUUCUACAGCAAAGGAAAGACAUCAGUCGCUAUGUCGAUGUUUUAAAAAAUUUUACAUUGAUUAAGAAAAACGUACGAGUUGGGCAGUUGAUGCACUAUGACUAUUCCAAUCACAAGUACGUUUUUUCUGUAAGUAAUAAUUUCCGAUCACUACUUCCCGAGGCCCCCCCUAUAUUAAAGAUGCACUACAACACUUGUGCAGUUGUUGGGAACAGUGGCAUCCUGACAGGCAGCGGUUGCGGAGCUGACAUCGACAAGUUCGAUUUUGUGUUCCGUUGCAACUUCGCACCAACCGAAACCUUCGAGAGUGAUGUUGGAAGCAAAACAAAUGUCACCACCUUUAACCCGAGCAUCCUGGAAAAGUACUACAACAAUCUAUUAACAAUUCAAGAUCGAAACAAGUUUUUUCUAAAUCUUAAAAAGCUGGAUGGAGCCAUUCUUUGGAUCCCAGCAUUUUUCUUUCACACGUCUGCUCCCAUAACAAGAACGUUGGUAGAUUUCUUUAUGGAACAUAGAGCGCAACUGAAGGUCAAGUUGGCCUGGCCUGGGAACAUAAUGCAACAUAUCAAUAAAUAUUGGAAAACCAAACACCUGGCUCCAAAGCGUUUAAGCACGGGCAUCCUGGUAUACACAUUGGCUUCUGCUAUUUGCGAAGAGAUCCAUUUGUACGGAUUCUGGCCUUUUGCAUGGGAUCCCAACACAGGACAAGAACUGCCAUAUCACUACUAUGACAAGAAGGGAACAAAAUUCACGACCAAGUGGCAAGAGUCCCAUCAACUUCCACAAGAAUUCAAGCUGCUGUUCAAGCUGCACACCGAGGGCUUGACAAAACUGACCCUUUCACGCUGUGCCUCUUAAUGUGAUGUUUUCCAAGUAUGUUUUUCCCAUUCUUGUUCAGUUUAUGUUUCAAAUGCAUUAUGUACCCAAUGCGUAAGCUCUCUCGUGACGACGCUAUGUGGAACACAUCUCAAAUUAUUCCCAACACUGGGGGCCUAACGUGUUCAUGAAAUUUCGUGCACUGUGGUAGCAAGCAUAUGUUUUAGAUUUCAAAGUAGCCAGAAUCGCUUAGACGUACAUUUUGAGGUUUUCCUUUACAUACACAAGUGAAUGUAAUGAACAACGAGGAGCUAGCUGUUUAUACAAGGUUAUGUUCCCGUAGCCGUAGUAUCGUGAACAUUGACGGGAGAAAAUGAGCUGGUACUUGUAUCAAAGCCUGACAAUCCUUUCCACGGCAACGUUGACUUAAGAAUUAGUUAAGCCUAACAUGUUAGCUGAAGAACGCAUUCAAAUUAAUAAACAAUAAAAUUCAGCUUUGUCAUAGAUGUUAACGCGAAUGAAUUUUAGUGCUGAAACGAAUCUGAUUGUCUUUAAAAAACAGUGCAAAUAUUAAAAUGAGUGAUUCCGCUCGGCCCCACCUGUCAGAGGCCAAACAACAAAACAGUCUGCACGUUUAGUAUUGUCUGCACGAGGUUUACUACAAUUAACUUAAUUGUAAUCCCCCUUUCUUUCGAAGUUUUAGACCUUUUUUUAGGUCUUGACAUCGACUCCGUGUACUGACUGAUUUAAAAAGCCGAGCAGCCUGUAAAGUGAAAUGUAACCUCUUAUAUAUAAAAUAACUGGAGGCAAAAGAGCAUGCACACAUUGUAUUACCCUCCUCGGCAAAUCUUUGAACAAAAUACAGUGGGAAGUGACGCUGAGAAUGGAAGGAUGUGGUCAUGAACCCUAGAAGUGUUAGACAAUUACAAGAUAAUAGAUUAUUUAAGCAUUUCCAUCAAUAAAAUAUAAUAACUUUCAACUCUUAUUUAUAUCGAAUAUCGUUGUUAAAGUGGACAUGCUUGUCUUUUGUACGUAUGUCACGCACUUUUUAAUCAUCAAAUGGAUGGUAAAUGUACUACUUUUGUACCGACAUUUUAAAAAAAGUUUCAUUUUUUUCACAGCUUAAAAAGAGAUCAUAUAAGUUUUGAAGUUACAUUAAAUACUUUAGCUGGUUUACCAACUUUAAGGAUGCUAUAUGCCUCUGUCGUCGUUUUGAUGCAGACGUUUCAAGAAGGAUCCUGUGGCCUGUUGUAUUGGGAAAUUGAAUAAUUUUGUUGACUCAAGUUUCAAUAUACUUCCUCAUGCUUGUGAAUGUUCAUCUAUAUUAAAUUACUGGUUAAGUUA